AUGGCUGAAACAGUGGCCGCAAAUGCCCAUCGCAAAGUUCGCAGAAUCGGCUCCAUUUAUGAACCGCUGAAGCUGUCCAUUCUGCAGCGAGACGAUGAGCCGCUGUGGGAAAAGUUGGAUCGUUUUUACAGCUCUGUUAAAGCCACUAUCCUCAACUACCAGAGUCCGACCACAGGGCUGUUCCCGGUGAAGACCUGCUCCACCUGCAAAGAAGCCAAAGUGCGGGACUCGCUCUACUGCGCCGCUGGGGCCUGGUCUCUAGCUUUGGCCUAUAGACGUAUCGAUGACGACAUGGGCAGGACGCAUGAGCUGGAGCACUCGGCCAUCAAAUGCAUGCGGGGGAUUCUCUACUGCUACAUGAGGCAGGCUGAUAAGCAUGUUGUGAUGGAGUCACCUGCUGUGGGGGUUUGUGCUCAGGCAGACUGA